AUGCGUCAGCAACAUCGAAAGAACUUUAUCUCUGUUGUUCAUCUCAGUGACGGUUUCCUUACCACUUCUAUUGAUGAAGUAGGGGAUGCUUUUGUUUGCUAUUUUAGGGACUUGCUUGGCUCUUCUAAGGUCACCCUUCCCUUGGAUGAUGAAGUCUCUCGGUCAGGUCCCUGUAUUGAUCCUACCUCUCAUGCAUCUCUCAUGGCUCUAGUCACUAAUGAUAUUUUUAAGCAAGCUUUAUUCAGCAUUAAUGAUGACAAAGCUCCUGGGCCAGAUGGAUAUACCUCUUUUUUCUUCAAAAAAUCCUUGGAUAUUAUUAGUGGUGAUUUAUGUCUUGCAGUCUAUGACUUCUUUGUAUCUGGGAAACUUCUCAAGCAGAUUAACCACUCCAUCAUUGCUCUUAUUCCCAAAUCUGCCAAUGUUUCUACGACUGCUGAUUUCAAGCCUAUUUCCUGCUACAAUGUGGUAUACAAGGUGAUUUAUAAGAUUCUCUCUAUUAGGUUUGCUACUGCCCUUGCAGAUAUUAUUAGUCCUCUGCAAAAUGCUUUCCUGGGAGGUAGAUUGAUGGCUGAUAACAUUCAUCUCAUUCAAGAGCUUCUUCGGCUAUAUGAGCGUAAGCGUGUGUCGCCUAGAUGCUUGAUGAAAAUUGAUUUGAAGAAAGCCUUCGACUGUCCAAUGGCCUUUUCUGCAGCAGUUCUUGCUAUCUUUUGGCUUUCCAGAUAG